AUGGCAAGAUUUCGCAGAAGAACAUGCAUCAUUCUUUUGCUUUUUAUUUUGUUUAUUUGCUCCAUAAUGAUGGCUUUGAAGACCCUGAGACCUGACAGAGCUGGCUUUGGGGAUCCAUUUGGACUUGGUUUGUUGCCAGAGCUUCAACAACGAACAGUGCUUUUAGACAGUAAACAGAAUUCACUGAAUAGGGCUCCAGGAGAUACUGUAACACGUGUCAGUAAUUUGCAUAGUGUUGCUGUCAAUACUGUGAAAGCAUCUAUGUCUUCUGUAAAAAAGCUGGAAGAGGAUCUGUCUUCUCCUAAUUAUAACUUUCAUAUAUUCUACUAUACUUGGUAUGGAAAUCCACAGUUUGAUGGUAAAUAUAUUCACUGGAACCAUCCGUUGUUGCCACAUUGGGAUCCCAAAAUUGCAAACAAUUAUCCAAAGGGAAGGCAUAAUCCUCCUGAGGACAUUGGGGCCAACUUUUAUCCAGAGCUUGGAUCUUACAGUUCCAAAGACCCUACUGUCAUAGAAGCCCACAUGAAACAAAUGCGUUCAGCUUCAACUGGUGUAAUAGUGCUUUCAUGGUACCCACCAGGUAUGGCAGAUGAAAAUGGAGAACCAACUGAUGAUUUAGUGCCAAUUGUUUUGGACUAUGCACACAAAUAUAACCUAAAGGUCACUUUUCAUAUUGAACCUUACAAAGACAGAGAUGAUCGCAGCAUGUACCACAAUGUCAAGUACAUCAUUGACAAAUACGGAAGCCAUCCAGCCUUUUACAGGCAUAAGACCAGCACAGGCAGACUUCUUCCCAUGUUUUAUGUUUAUGACUCUUACGUAACGAUUCCUGAAAUAUGGGCAAAUCUGUUAACUGUCUCUGGAUCCCAGAGUAUUCGAAAUACACCCUAUGAUGCAUUAUUCAUUGCACUUCUUGUAGAAGAAAGACAUAAGCAUGACAUUCACAGAAGUGGUUUUGAUGGAAUGUAUACAUACUUUGCCACCAAUGGCUUCUCCUACGGCUCAUCUCAUCAUAAUUGGGCAAGUUUAAAAGCCUUUUGUGAUAGUAACAACUUAAUGUUUAUUCCAAGUGUGGGGCCAGGUUAUAUCGAUACCAACAUCCGACCAUGGAAUAACCACAACACCCGGAACCGCGUCAAUGGGAAGUACUAUGAGACUGCCUUCAGUGCAGCCCUUCUGGUGCGACCAGAAAUUAUUUCCAUUACAUCUUUUAAUGAAUGGCACGAGGGAACUCAGAUUGAAAAAGCUGUCCCUAAACGGACUGGACAGAUGAUUUACCUUGAUUAUAAACCCCAUAAACCAAAUGUUUACCUAGAGCUUACUCAGAAGUGGUCUGAGAAGUACAGAAAAGAACAAGAACAGUGGCUUAUGUGA